GAUGAUGUACACGUAUAACUAUAGUUAUACUUUUUAAAAAAAUUAGUGUGUAGAUAUUUUGAAUACUGAAAAAUGACGAGUCUUCGGCAAAAACAAAUUAAUGCUAUUAAACAAAUGUUAAAUUUAAAUCAGCAGCAAACAAAAAGUGGUGCCUCUGAACCAGUCUGGAAAGUGUUAAUAUACGAUCGUUUAGGACAAGAUAUUAUAUCUCCAUUAAUGUCAGUUAAAGAAUUGCGAGAACAGGGAGUCACUUUAUUUGUACAGUUACAUUCCGAUCGAGAUCCAAUACCAGAAGUUCCAGCUGUAUAUUUUUGUGCCCCAAAUGAAGAAAAUUUAGGAAGGAUUAACCAAGAUUUUCAAACUGGUGUCUAUGAUAUAUAUCAUUUAAAUUUUAUAUCACCUAUAUCUCGACAGAAACUUGAGGAUUUGGCAACAGCAGCUAUUGCAGCAAAUUGUGUAGCGAACAUUCAUAAAGUUUUCGACCAGUAUGUUAACUUCAUAUCACUGGAAGAUGAUAUGUUUAUAUUAAAGCAUCAACACAGUGAUGCUAUAUCAUAUUAUAAUAUAAAUAAAGGCGACAUAAAAGAUACAGAAAUGGGGUCUAUUAUGAAUUCAGUAGUGGAGGGAUUAUUUUCAGUAUUUGUAACAUUGGGAACCGUUCCAAUUAUCAGAAGCCCCAAAGGAAAUGCAGCUGAAAUGGUAGCAAAACAAUUAGAUAAAAAGUUAAGGGACAAUUUAUUCGAUGCAAGAAAUAAUCUCUUCCAAAUGGACGCGCAAUCAGGAAACUUCAAUUUUCAGAGGCCUUUAUUAAUUAUUUUAGACAGAAAUGUUGACAUGGCCACUCCUUUACAUCAUACAUGGACUUACCAAGCUUUAGCGCAUGAUCUACUUGACUUAGCAUUAAACAGGGUCAUCAUUGAAGAAUCAAUCCCCACCGGAGGUGCACGGGCUAAAAACCGUGCUUGUGAAUUGGACUCAAAAGAUAAAUUUUGGUCUUCGUACAAAGGAAGUCCUUUUCCCACUGUAGCUGAAGCAAUCCAGGAGGAACUAGAACAAUACAAAUCGUCCGAAGAAGAAGUAAAAAAGUUGAAAACUUCUAUGGGUAUUGAUAGUGAAAAUGAUAUAGCUCUCUCUUUUGUUUCUGAUAACACGGCUAAAAUUACUUCAGCAGUCAAUUCUUUGCCGCAACUUUUAGAAAGGAAGCGGCUCAUUGAUAUGCAUACAUCAGUAGCUACAGCAAUUUUAAAUUGCAUUAAAUCUAGAAAAUUGGACACAUUUUUUGAAUUGGAAGAAAAGAUUAUGAGUAAAGCUCAAGCAUUAGAAAAGCCUUUAUUAGACAUUCUUUCCGAUCCUGAUGCAGGGACGCCAGAUGAUAAAAUGCGUUUAUUUAUUAUAUUUUAUAUAUGUACUCCUCAUCUGUCAGAUUCUGAUCUAAAAAAAUAUGAGGCUACUUUAAACGAAGCUGGCUGUAAUCUGACCCCAUUAUCAUACAUUAAACGCUGGAAAAGCUACACUAAAAUGGCUUUAGGAGUGAAUGUUAAUCAGUAUGAAGGUGCUGGCACCAAAACAGUUAGUAUGUUUUCUAAACUAGUGUCCCAAGGUUCGAAUUUUGUUAUGGAGGGUGUUAAAAAUUUAGUGCUGAAACGGCAUAAUCUUCCAGUGACAAAAAUUGUUGACAAUCUAAUAGAAUUUAAAAAUAGCCAGGAAAUGGAGGAGUAUCAUUAUCUAGAUCCUAAACAAUUGAAAUUAACCGAUAUUCCAAGAAAUAGAUCCCCAUUUCAAGAUGCAAUCGUUUUUAUAAUAGGUGGUGGAAAUUAUAUCGAAUACCAAAAUUUGGUGGAUUACGCGAAGGCAAAAACCACAACAGGAACUUCUAAAAGAAUAUUGUAUGGUGCAAGUACUUUAAAUAAUGCAAAACAGUUUUUAAAACAGUUAGCCCUCUUGGGUCAAGAACUUUAAAUAUACUGAUUUUAUUGUAAAUAUUUUCCUAUUUGUUAACUACAUUAAUUUGAUAUUAAAUUUUAUGAAAUGUA